AUGUCCCCCCCUGCAGUGUCCCCGGCCAUGUCCUCUGGCCAAUGCCGGCAUCCUUCUUUCAGGUUCUGUUCCCUGCGAGCGUUGGGACGUACGGGAUGUACAGGGGAUGGAACCGGCAGAAAUGUCAAAAAUGUAAAUAUUUGACAUUACUGUAUCAAACCAUUUCACAUACAUUUUGUCCCGAGUGCUUUGUCCUGUGCCCUGCCUGCAUUUUUACCAUUCUUUCUGCCUGGAAACUGAGAAACGUCCAUGGCGUCCAAAAAGUGUCCCUUUAGGUCAAAAGCGGUUUUAGACCAGCUAGAGAACAGCGAUAGUAAAUUAGAACUACUUGCAGAAUUGA